AUGCCCGGUCGUAUUUUACCUCAAUUAUUUGUUUAUCCACUCACUGGUUCAAAUGUUGUUCCAGUAAAAAAAAUGACCAAAAUUCCUUAUAUUCCUCCUGAAAUUAUUCGUAUUAUUCUUA